AUGUUUUCUUCGCUUGUCCUUUCGGCGCCGCUGCUGCUGGCCGGCUUGCAGGCUGUCACGGUGGGGGCUAUCCCGACCAUCUCGGCGGUCGGUUCCAAGUUCUUCUACGAGAAUGGUACACAGUACUACAUCAAGGGUAUUGCCUACCAGCUUACCCCGGAUGACCCCUUGGUCAACACCGCCCAAUGCAAGCGCGACAUUGUUCGCAUGUCUGAGCUGGGUACCAACGCCGUCCGUGUUUACCACGUGGAUGCCAAUGCCGACCACACGGGCUGCAUGACGGCGCUGGCUGAUGCCGGCAUCUACGUGUUCGUCGAUCUCGACACGUUCACCACCCAGAUCGAGCAGACCUCGCCGCACUGGAACGAGACCCAAUUCGAUCGUUUCAAGGAAGUUCUCGAUGAGUUCCAGAAUUUCGACAACACCGCCGGUGUCUUCGUCGGCAACGAGGUGCUCACCACCUCCAAUGGCUCCAUUGCUGCCCCAUACGUUCUUGCCGCUGCUAGGGACAUCAAGGCGUACCGGGACUCGAAGGGCUAUCGCGAAAUCCCCGUGGGUUACUCCGCGGCUGACAUCUCGGAACUCCGACCGAUGCUCCAAAACUACCUGGCCUGCUCCAGCAACUCUUCUGAACGCUUGGACUUUUACUCCCUAAACGCGUAUGAGUGGUGUGGUGCGUCCAGCUACUCCGUGUCCGGUUACAAUGAGCUCCAGAAGAAUGCGACUGGCUACCCCAUUCCGAUCUUCUUCUCCGAGACGGGUUGCAACACUCCGGCUCCCCGUACUUUCGACGACCAGGCUGCUAUUUUGGGCAGUGAGAUGGAAGGCACUUGGUCCGGUGCCAUCAUCUACGAGUGGAUUGAGGAGACCAACGACUAUGGUCUGAUCAGCUACGGCCCUUCGGUGAGCAACGCCGCUGCCACGAACACCCUGGUUGAGGACGGCUACACUCGUCAGGGAACCCCUACGCCUAUCUCACCUGACUUCACCAACCUCAAGACUCACUGGGCGACUCUGAACCCCACCGGUGUCGUUCUUUCCGACUACACCAAGAGUACCUCCACCAUCACCGUGCCUUCGUGUCCUAAAUCGACCUCUGGCGGCUGGGCUGUGGAUCCUAGCUCCCCUCUCCCUACUCUGGGACAGACCUACAAGAAGAACGAUGACUCCUCCUCCGCCACGGGAGCUGCUGGCUCUGCUGAAUCUACUGGCACUUCCACUUCCACCGGCACUUCCACCGGCAAGAGCAACGCCGGAAACGCAGUCAUGGUUGCUGGAUCGGCCACCGAGCGUCUCCUUGCCGGCUCCAUGGUUCUCACCACUCUCCUAGGUGCCGUCGCCUUUUGGCUGUGA